AUGUGUCACAUUUUCAAACGGCAACCUUUGCGUCAAUCCACGAUAGAGUCAUAUCGCACCGCAGGUAAAAGGAGUCCCUCCGUUGUAGUACUUCCGGAAUUGCCGAAGAGAGCAGCUAAGGCACUAGCCAAGCACAAUCGCCAGGUACGAGAUAUUUACUCUGGUUAUGUGUCCACCUUUAUCAACCAGCAUGUCGACACGCGUGAUAACCACCUACCAUUGAGCGGUGCCGAGUGUGGGGGAGACAAAUCGGCUGAGGAGCUCGGUGUUAUUGAUACUCAGCUCCAUCGCUCUGCCCCAAAAAUCAUAUCUCCAUUCUAUGCUCUCUCCGGUUGUGGCGACAAGUGGGAUACCGUUGCCGAUCUGUGCGAAACAGUCCGUCAAGAUGUGUGGCUUGAGGAGUCCGUGGUUCCCUACGUACCUAUCGCCUCUAAACGUGCUCCGCUGAAUGCAUAUCUCUAUGACUUUUUUAAGCAUGGAAAUAUCCACGAGCUGGAAAAGGCCAAUGGGAUUCGUCGAAGUGAUAUCUGGUACGAACUGAACGAUUUCUCCAUGGUGCUUGCAACCAUUACUGCCAGCCUGAAGAACAUUCUGAACCCACAUGGAAGCUCGGAUAUUGAGAUUCUUGACGUCGCCGGUGGUGGUGAUCUUCAUGAGAUUCAGGUUGAUGAUGACAGAAUCGCUGAUGACGAUAGUCAGACUACAAAUGAGACUCUAACGACCCCAGCGGAUAAAGUUCAUCCAAGGCCGGUGAUGAAACCUGCUUCGGUCCGCAAGGGACCUCGUGCUCCAUCAAGCGAACUGCUAGACAGCUGGGAAGACGAGAUGGUUGAUGAGCCGGCACAUUUUUCGGUGGAGCAGGAACCCGAGCCUCGACCGCUGCGGCGAAAGAAGGCCGAACAAAAGGAGAAAGCCGAAGAAAGGCAGGAUGAUCAAAAGUCCUUGCUCUUGGUUUACAAUGGGUUCAAUCUUCUCAAGACUGAGUUUGACACAAAGUUCAGAGAGAUGUGGGCUUGA